GUACGAGGCUGAACUAGAUAUAGUGAUAUAUAUGUUUUCACCGAAAACAAUAUGAAAAAAUAAAAGGAGAAGAUAUACCAACAUUGAAGCAGCACUAUGUUCAUCUUCCUCGUCCACUAGACACACAAUUCCUGUCUUAAUUUUACUCAACAUGAUAACAUGAGAUCAGGUUUUAUGGGUACAUAGCUUUUAUUGUGGAAAAAGCAUGGCUUGUUUUUCUUUACCUUGCAAUACUGGGUCAUUUGUUACCCCAACUGUGGCUCAAAGAAGAUAUUUUGGGGUGUGUGGAGGUUUGUGCACUAGCUCAUUUGUUUUAACUUCUCUAGGGUUUAACCAAUGCUACAACUUUCAGCAUGAAUUGGUUUGGAGCAAUAAUGAUGGGUAUUGUGGUAGUAAAAGUAGAAUUCCCUCAUUGAGGGUUCCUUAUUGUUGCAAGACUCCACAUGGUGUUUCAAGUAACAAUGAAAUUGAGCCACUUGUGAGUAGAAGCAAGGGUGAGAGAAAGACUCAUUUUGGUAAGGGUGGAAGUAAUAGGAUGAAGAAGAGGUUUUCAUUGAGAUUGCGGCCGAGGUUACGGUUACUGGCCAUGAGAAUGAAAAGGGCUUCCAUUGAGUCCAUUUUGAAUGAGGUGAGGAUCUUUAUUCGUAAGAACAUUAGAGCAGUGGCAUUUUCUGCCUCGCUUUCUGUUGUGUUCAGCCUUUGUUUCCUGUUUCUGAAAUUGACUGCACUCCCCCCUCCAAAAUCUGUUCCAUAUUCUGACUUGAUCACCAGCCUUCAGAAUGGAUAUGUUGAAAAAGUUUUGGUUGAAGAGGGGUCACGGCGCAUAUAUUACAAUAUGAAGUGCCAGAUUAUUGAAAAUGAUCAGGUUUCUGGUGAAGAAUCUGAGGUGAAAGAUGUUUCAAUUGAUAAGAAUGUUGAUAAGAUUGGGAGUGAGGGUACUUCUAGAGCUGCCCAAACUCCGGUGGUGAAUAUACUGAAGAAAUUCUCUAAGCCUCGAGCUUCAAUCCCUGAGUGGCAGUAUUCCACAAGAAAAAUAGAUCACGAUGAAAAGUUCCUUGUUAGUUUGAUGAGAGAAAAGGGGGUUACAUAUAGCUCUGCCCCUCAAUCUGUGUUGAUGUCAAUGAGGAGUACUUUGAUCACUGUAAUAACACUGUGGAUACCUUUAAUUCCAUUGAUGUGGCUUUUAUAUCGUCAACUUUCUGCUGCUAAUAGUCCUGCAAGGAAACAGAGACCUAAUAGUCAGACAGUUGGAUUUGAUGAUGUGGAAGGUGUUGAUUCUGCAAAAGUAGAGCUCAUGGAGAUAGUUUCAUGUCUGCAAGGGGAUAUAAAUUACCAAAAGCUAGGGGCAAAGUUACCUAGAGGUGUGUUGCUGGUGGGUCCUCCUGGAACUGGGAAGACACUACUUGCACGUGCAGUGGCAGGGGAAGCAGGUGUACCCUUUUUCACUGUAUCUGCCAGUGAGUUUGUGGAAUUGUUUGUUGGAAGAGGGGCAGCUAGAAUCAGAGACCUUUUCAAUGCAGCAAGGAAAUUUGCACCAUCAAUCAUAUUCAUUGAUGAACUUGAUGCAGUUGGUGGCAGGCGCGGUAGAAGUUUUAAUGAUGAACGUGACCAGACGUUAAACCAGUUGCUGACAGAAAUGGAUGGAUUUGAAUCAGAGAUGAGAGUGGUUGUCAUUGCAGCAACUAACCGGCCAGAAGCCUUGGAUCAAGCUCUAUGUCGCCCUGGUCGUUUCUCAAGAAAAGUAUAUGUUGGUGAACCUGAUGAAGUUGGAAGGAGAAAGAUACUGGCCGUGCAUCUAAGAGGAGUUCCCUUGGAGGAGGACACUAACAUCAUUUGCCAUUUAAUUGCUUCUCUGACUACUGGUUUUGUAGGUGCUGAUCUGGCAAAUGUUGUCAAUGAAGCUGCUUUGCUUGCUGCUCGUAGAGGUUGUGAAACUGUGGCAAGGGAAGAUAUAAUGGAAGCUAUUGAAAGAGCAAAAUUUGGAAUCAAUGAUAAACAAUUUAGGACUAGUAAAAUAAGCAAGGAGUUAACUAAGCUAUUCCCUUGGAUGCCAUCAUUGAUGGGAAGAAGUGAUAGGAGACAGGAUGACUUGCAAGGACCAUUAGGUUAUCAAUCACUGAGUUCAUGAAUUUUCUUGUUGAAAAAAUUGCUUAUAUUUUUCCUCAAUAUUUGUUCAUUUCAUUGUUACCCUCUAGUAGAUUUUUAUCAAAGUUCA